AUGGCAAGCAAACCCAAGGCCACCCGCUCCUCCACUCGCACAAAGACCGCCACACAGACGGCUGAUCCUCCUGCCCCUUCUCGCACUACGCGUGCAGUCUCCAAGUCAGCUGCUGCCCCUGCCAAGAAGACUACUGCCCGCAAGCCGUUGGUCAAUAGGAAUACGUCUCCCGAUGCAAAGCCAAGUGAUCGUAAUGCCACUCCGAAACCUGCCGCUGUGUCCAAGCCGGCGUACAAGCCGGUGUCCACGCUCUCUGUAGACUUUUCUCCAGACUCGGAUAGAGAACCAAUCAAGGCUUUCCUUAGAAUCCGUCCGCGGCUGGACGACUCGGAUGCAAGCUAUGAGCCAUACCUCGAGCCACUUACAGACACCUCCGUCCGAAUGACCGAUCCGUCCUCGUCCACGACCCAUUCACGGUUGUCGACGAUCAACCCAUCUUCUAUCUAUACCUUCUCGCACGUGUUCCCCCCAGAAACGUCCCAAUCCGACUUCUUCAGCAACACCACCCUUCCGCUAGUUAGGGAUGUCCUCGAAGGACAAAAUGGACUGCUCUUUACAUAUGGCGUUACCAACUCUGGCAAAACCUAUACAAUCCAGGGAGGGAGCUCCGAAGGGAGCGCAGGCAUCCUACCUAGGACGCUUGACGUAAUCUUCAAUAGCAUAGAGGGACUGCACGGAGACGGCAAGUAUAGACCAGUGCGCCUGCAAGGCAUCGAGCUCGCCUCGGAGUCCGACGAACCGACGUCAAUCCGCCUCCCGAGCAAGAACAGUGCCCCUGCACUCGCCGACGUGCUCGAAGAUGAACCUUCGUCCUCCACGUCAAGCACAGAUACCGAUCCUACUGUCCUUAAGCUCGACCGUAACUAUGAGUAUACCAUCUGGUUGUCCUACGCCGAAGUCUACAACGAGAAGGUCUACGACCUCUUCGGCUCCCUAGAAUCAGGACCACCGAACUCGGUUCCUUCUGGGAUACCUCGUUCAACAUCAGCCUUCCUGAACAUGCCCUUGCCCUCCAACAAAGCGCCUCCACUGCUGCUCACCCGGAAGGCGCUCACAGUCAAGCCGUGCCCUGCGAGUGAUGGGGAUGGCGACAUGGCGAGCGCAGGCAAGUACGUCGCAGGUUUGCGACAGGUCCGCGUGAAGAGUGCCGCAGAAGCGAAGGAGCUCUUGCGUGUAGGCCAGCUGCACCGUCGCGUCUUCGGCACGCUCGCCAACAGCCAAAGCAGCCGGAGCCACGCUCUCGUCACGAUCAAGGUUCUGCGCGUCCACCGCGGAGAGCGGAACGACCCAACAUGCAUCCAAACCGCCCGCCUCACGCUCGUCGACCUCGCCGGCUCCGAGCGUACGAAGCACACGCACACCUCCGGCGAGCGCCUCCGCGAAGCGGGCAACAUCAACAAGUCGCUCAUGGUCCUCGGCCAAUGCAUGGAGACGCUCCGCGUGAACCAGCGCGCGCUCGCGCGCUCCCUCCAGCAGGGCGUGCGCCCGGGCACGCAGCUCGACACGCGCGACGUCAAACGCACCCUCGCGCUCGUGCCCUUCCGCCACAGCAAGCUCACCGAGAUCCUCAUGGACUACUUCGUGAGCGAGGGCAGCGGGGGCAAGGCGGUCAUGAUCGUCAACGUGAACCCGUACGACACGGGGUUCGACGAGAACGUGCACGUGAUGAAGUUCGCAGCGCUCGCAAGGGAGGUGGCGACGACCCCUGCGCAGGCAGUGUCGAGGAUCCCGCCGAGCCCGACGAAGUCCCGCGUUCCGUCGGGCCCCGGGGCGAGGCCGAGUGCGCCGCACAGGAGGAAGGUCACAAUCUCGCUUGGGGGCCCAGGGAGGAAGGUGAGCGAGGCGCACCUCGAGGUGCUUGAGGAGGACGAAGAAAUUGAUGAUGGGGAGGAGACGAGCGUCGAGGAUGAAGAGCCGAUCAACCCCCUUGUCAAUGCUCUCUUCGAUGAGGUCGAGGAACUUCGAAUGCAGCUCUAUGACGCCCACCUCCGCUGUGCACUGAUCGAGGCCGAGACUCGCGAAGAAGUCAUGAUCGAGAUGGAAGAGCGUAUGCGGAGUAUGGAGGACAUGUUCACCCGUCGCCUCAUGCGUGUGAUGGAGCAUAAUGAGGAGAAGAUGGACGCGAAGCUCGACAUGAUCCAGCGAUCACGAGUGCUCAACCGAGUAGCUGGCCCUCGCUCCGACUACUCAGGCUCCGUUGCAGAUUCGGUAGAGUCGGACGCUGUUGGGCCAUUGAGGAUGAGCGACGUCGGUGAAGGCGAGUUCGACGACAGGACCUCGUCCGUUGCAGGACGCGACGCCGACUACGAGAGCAACGACUCUGAAGCCUACGCCAUCUCUGAUUCCGACGCGCGGGACCGCACGCCCUCCCCUCUCGCCGGCAAAGGCAAGCCCGCACCCAAGCGGCAAUCCACACUGCGACCGAACCAGCGCGGGCCCGCGAAGGUGCUAGAAAGCGACUCCGGCGACGAUGACAUGUAUGUCGACGAGACCGAGACGGAGGAUGAGGUCGAGACUGCGAGCCCGGACGAGGAUGACGAUGAUGACGACGACGAGGAGAUCUCUGACUUCGAAUCCGAAGAUGCUGAUGAAGAUGAGAUCCAGAACUCAACAGAGUCCGAGUCGUCUGAGACGACCCCGGCCCGACCCACCACGAAGGGCAAGGCCGUAGCGGCGAAGAUUGCCCCAGCCGACAUACCACUCGCGACAGCCCAAGUGAAGCGUGCACCACAGCCAGCGUCGCGUGGGCGGGGAUCGACUCGAAGCUCAAGAGCGAUCGCUGAGCUCGAGCAAGAGUUGGACAGUCUCUCACUAGGUGGUCGGGACUCGACUGUCAUCAUUCCGAACAAGAAGGCUCGUGCGGAGGCCGCCUCUGCAGCGGGCCCUGGAGCAGAGUAUAUCCCGCAGAAGGGUGAGGUCGAUGUUGCGAAGAAAAAGAAACGGUAA